UUGGUCGCCUCCUACACUCUUAUCAUCGUACUUAAUUUAGUAUCAUAUAUCUUUGAUUUCUUAACUUUAGAAUAUUUUAUACCCUAACUUCAGCUAUGGCAUCAUGGUGUUUCAACGACAAGACUGUCCUCGUCACCGGUGGUGCUCGAGGAAUAGGGCUUGCUAUAGUAGAAGAGCUAGCGAAAUAUGGGGCCCAUAUAUAUACUUGUGCUCUGGAACCAAAUGAACUGGACCAAUGUUUACAAGACUGGAAUAGUAAGGGGUACAAAGUAUCAGGACUGUCCUGUAACCUUGCUGUUCAAGACGAGCGCGAAAAUCUUAUGAAAAUCGUUGGUGACCACUUCAACGGAAAGCUUGAUAUCUUGGUAAACAAUGCAGGUGUUGCAUUAUAUACGGAAGCUAAGGAUUGUAGUCCAAAAGAUUGGUCUCUUGUUAUGAGCACCAAUCUUGAGGCUUCUUUCAACAUAUCUCAGUUGGCAUAUCCUUUGCUAAAAGCCUCUGGAAACGGAAGCGUAGUGUUUGUGUCCUCUGCUGCGGGGGUUAUUGCCACACCUGGUUCUACUAUCUAUGGAACAUCCAAAGCGGCAAUAAACCAUCUGACAAAGAACUUAGCAUGCGAGUGGGCAAAAGAUAAUAUUCGCGUCAAUGCAGUGGCACCAUGGAUCAUCUCAACCCCUCUUACUAAUUUAGUCCGCCAAGAUCCUGCAGCAAGAGAAUCACUGGAUGGUAUGAUCAAUAGGACGCCAUUGCGUCGUACCGGUGAAACUAUAGAGGUUUCUGGGCCAGUGGCGUUCCUAUGCUCCCCAAUGGCUGCAUAUAUUACUGGCCAUAUUCUAUGUGUAGAUGGAGGAGCUAGCAUCAAUGGUUGUCCUUAAUUAGUCACGUAUUCAAUUCACGUGUCCCAAUAUAUACUAAGUUAUGGAAUAUUAUUUUGCUUGAUAGUAAUUUUAAACAUUAUUGAAUUAAAAUUGAGUUGUAUUUGAAUUUGAUAUGUAAUUUCACACUAGCACACAAAUAUGUUACGACAAA